AGCUAUCUGAGAGAGGGAGGGGGGGAGAGAGAGAGAGAGAGAGAGAGAGAGGAGCUGGUCUUGGGUUCAGAGCAGCAGUGUGCUGGGAGACCUCAGAGCGCGGAGGACGGAGGAUGAAAAGAUGGAGAGAAUGGAGGGAUGGAGGAGUGUAUGUGUGCUUUAGUGGUGAAGCGGGCUGCAGUGCGCGCUCAGGACGCAGGAGCUUGUCAUCAAGCCGCGACUUGUUGCAUCAAAGGACUGGUUUAUUGUGAACAGCUGCUAAUUGCCGCUAAUUACUCGUCGCUAAUCAGGCUGGAGGACUCGGCGUGACCUGGAGACAUUCAUUCACUCUCUCUCUCUUUCUCUCUCUCUCUCUUUCUUUUUCUUUAACUGGUCAUUGAAAUGUGACAGAUGGGUGUGAACUUAUUUAGGAACUGAUUUCUCUCUUAACGAGGAUUUAAUAUCUGAUGAUAUGAAGAAAAAACACUGACACCAAGGCUUGGACUGGAGUGUGUGUGUGUGUGUGAGAGAGAGAGAGAGAGAGAGAGAGAGAUGUCUCCGUCUUUGUAUGAUGGCAGUGAGGCUCUCUGGGAUCGACGGGCGAUCUUUGUUCUGCCCAUCCCAACAUGCCCUGCCUCCGAUGCUGACUCCGCCCCAUAUUCAGCACUUGACUCCUCCUUCAGUUGAUCAUGCAGGUCCUUCAGAUUGUGAAAGAGUUGGUGUCUCCGUCUCGACACCGUGCCGGCUCCAGGUUUGCAGCUUCUGACGGAGAGCAGGAUGCCGCUGUGAAGUUGGAUCAGGAACGGGCCGAAAUCGUAGCCAGAUAUGACAAGGGCGUGGAAGGUGGUUCGGUUGAGCCGUGGGAAGAGGCGAACUAUGACCUCUAUAAAGUGGUGGACCGCUUCGGCUUCCUGCAUGAGGAGGAACUUCCAGCCUCUAAUGCCAUGGAGGAAAAGCAAAAGCAUCUGGAACUGGAGAGGACAGAAAAAUGGUUGAAGAUGCUGAAAAGCUGGGACAAGUACAAGAACAGUGAGAAGCUGGUAAGGAGGAUCUAUAAAGGAAUCCCACUACAGCUUCGAGGACAGGUCUGGUGUCUCCUCCUUGACGUCCCUAAAAUCAAAGAGGAGAAGAAGGACUUCUACGAGAAGCUGAAGAUGAGAGCGAGAGGUUUGUCCCCUGAUAUUCGUCAAAUAGAUCUGGAUGUGAACCGCACAUACAGAGACCACAUCAUGUUUAUGCGUCGCUAUGACGUCAAACAGCAGGACCUGUUCCACGUCCUCACGGCCUACUCUAUGUACAACAGGGAGGUGGGAUAUUGUCAAGGUAUGAGCCAGAUCACUGCUCUCCUCCUGAUUUAUAUGACUGAAGAGGACGCGUUCUGGGCUCUGGUCGGACUGCUGUCUGGACAGAAACAUGCGAUGCACGGAUUUUUCGUGCCAGGUUUUCCAAAGCUGCUGCGCUUCCAAGAGCAUCAUGACCGCAUCUUGAAGAAGAUGAUCCCCAAGCUUAAACAACAUCUAGACAGUCAGGAGGUUUUCACCAGUCUCUAUACCAUGAAGUGGUUCUUUCAGUGCUUUCUGGAUCGUACCCCUUUCACAUUAACCCUCAGGAUAUGGGACAUCUACAUACUCGAGGGAGAGAAAGUUCUGCCUGCGAUGUCCUACACCAUCCUCAAGCUCCACAAAAAGACCCUGAUGAAGCACUCCAUGGAGGACCUGGUGGAGUUCCUCCAAGUUGCUCUCUCGAAGGAUUUCCUCUUCACUGAUGAUUAUGUCAUCGAGCAGCUCCAUAUGUCGAUGUCUGAACUCAGACGCCACAAACUAGAGCUUCCUCCUCCAGGUAAAGACGAGGAGUUUCCUACAAAGCCACUCGGCCAGCUUCCACCAGAGCCUGAGCGAUUGGCACCAGAGAAAGCCAAUCACAUCGCUAAUGGGCGUAUGGAGGCUCUGCCCUCUCCAAGCACAGCCACGGAAAUAACCGUUUCAGCAAACGGAGAGAAAAAAGACUCGGUGACUAAAACACCACAAAAGGCAGAGAAAAAGGAUGGGACCAAAGAAGCCACGCCCACUGAGAGCGGAAAACCACAAGGGUCAUUGAGUCAGAACUUGAACUUGGGUCCCAGUGGGCGGAGAGACAUCGGGCCACGGUGGGUAAAACCAUCCGAGGGCAGACUGGCGGCCAUGAUGGAGGGGCACAUGAUCCUCAGUGGUACGGUGCCGUCUUCUCCUGCCAUGUCAGUGGCCAACGAACAGCGCCGUCAUCAUCGUCCUCGCUCGCGAGGUUUCGUGCCCGGCUCCAACCGUGGCUCUAACGCAUCACAGUAUGACAAUGUCCCAGUGACCGAUGGAGAUGUUGUAGACGUUAUGGGUUUUACGCAAGUUUCGGAACCUUCUCAUCAGCACGUCGCACCGUCUGUUAGACACGGCAGCCCUACAAGGCCCCCUAGUGGUGGUAUCGCUGCUCCAACUUUCCGAAUUCCUAAAAAUCCACCCGUACACUUGAUGUCUGACCCUCGCCAACCUUCACACCACACACCAGGCGUGAUGCCUGUUUAUUCCCAAUAUCCACCCAAAAUGCAGCCGGAAAACCGAGCGUAUGGAAUGGCAUAUGACGAGAGGGCAUACGGUACUCCAACACGCUCCACACCCCCAAAUCGCUCACCAGAAAGAGUGCUGAUGAAUAACAGCUACACCACAUACCGGCGCCAGCCAAGCAAUCCCGAUUUUGUAGGCCAGAUGGACAACCUUGUUGAAAGCGGGCAUUUCCUGAGGCAGCCUACUCGUCACGUAGAUCAGCGAUAUGAGAGGCAGUGGCAAGACCAGGGCUGGCACGGUGAGACGGAUGUGGACGUGGCGUUCCUGCACACUCCGGGUAGGUUACCCCGGUCAUCCAGCUUUCAGAAAGCCCAGCUCUCACCUGUACACCUCGGGCAGGAGUUCAGCUUCCCACCAGUGCCCGUCUCAGACAGCGUGAUGCACUACAGAGCCGCGACUGGCAGGACACAGAUGCCUACGGUGUUCGGAGGAGUUCAUUACCGACAAGAGGCCUUCGCCAUGCAGGAGUCGAUGCUGCUCUGAGAGAAAGAGAGGGAGGAUGUGAGAUGGGGACUGAAGUCAAGACAUGGACCAAAAGAGCGAGAGACUGUGGUUAGAGUGAGUGAGGGAGAUAAAGAUACGUCAGAGUGUGAGAGAAAUAUGAAGUGAAAAAGUGAGUGUUGGAGAGAAUAAUGAUGGAUAGAAAGUAGAAUUGCUGGUCAUCUAGAGUGUGUGUGUGUGUGUGUGUGUGAGAGGGAUCUCUUUGGUUUGUUUAGUGUGUUUCCUCGUCAUGACUCACUCUGCCCUCCGAACCGACACGGCAGGUCCCACCAGCUCCAGAUCUUUAUACCGAUCAACCGUAUGACUGGCUGACUGUUUAAAGAUUUUGUUUGUUUGUUUUCUCAACUUAAAUAGUUUAAUCCUUCACAGCAACACUUUUUAAUUUCCAAAUUUUUACAUUUAAAAUUGUACAGAAAGUUUUUUUUUUCCCAUGUAUUUAACCAUGCUUGUUAAUAGCAUGAAUUGGAGAGAAAAUAAUUUUUUUUUCCAAUAUCAUUUUUAAUAAUUUAGUUUUUCACAAGCAUAACAAUUUUAUAUGUAUAUACUGCAUACAUAUUUUUGAGCUCAGUUUAUUAUAUUGGGGUUGUAAAUAUUUUUUUAAAAAUGAGCUAAGAUUAGAAAAAAAAUCCCAAAUUAUAUCUUUUUUUUUUUUUUGCAUGAACCACAUUUUUUUCCUCAGUAUGGAGAUUUCUCUCUCUCUCUCUCUCUCUCUCUCUCUCUCUCAAGGGUUUAUGCAGUGAAAGAAACCUGUAUGUGAUUACUGUGCAAGUCUAUAGAGAGUUUGAUCACCGGGUGGAUCCUGAAUUCUGCCGUCAUCCUUCUGCCACACAGUAAAACCCUGUAAUGAGUCACGAGCAUCAGCGCAAACCGAACAUCCAACUUAUCACAUUCUGCAGGAGUCUUUCUAUCGCGAGAUCAGAUCAGGAUUAGAAAAGAAGAAAUGUCUGUACACUGAUCUAAUCAUGGCACACGCUCAGGGUAGGGAAGGUUUUGUAACAAAAGCUGCUUUUUUUUUUAUUAAGAGAACAGCAUCAAAAUACUGUCAUCAGCUACACAAAAAGCAGUCUCUCUCUCUCUCUUUCAUAUAUAUUAUGGCAUGCCGUUCAGGAAAUUAAUCUUUGAAUAUAUUGAAUGAAUCCCCAAAUGUAUUGAAUGAAACAUUGAAUAUAUUGAAUGAAUCCCCAAAUUUAUUGAAUGAAACUCUGAAUAUAUGGAAUGAAUCCCCGAAUAUAUUGAAUGAAACUGAAUAUAUUGAAUGAAUCCCCGAAUAUAUUGAAUGAAACUUUGAAUAUAUGGAAUGAAUCUCUGAAUAUAUGGAAUGAAUCCCUGAAUAUAUGGAAUGAAUCCCCGAAUAUAUUGAAUGAAACUGAAUAUAUGGAAUGAAUCCCCGAAUAUAUUGAAUGAAACUGAAUAUAUUGAAUGAAUCCCCGAAUAUAUUGAAUGAAACUGAAUAUAUUGAAUGAAUCCCUGAAUAUAUUGAAUGAAACUGAAUAUAUUGAAUGAAUCCCCGAAUAUAUUGAAUGAAACUUUGAAUAUAUUGAAUGAAACUCUGAAUAUAUGGAAUGAAUCCCCGAAUAUAUUGAAUGAAACUGAAUAUAUUGAAUGAAUCCCCGAAUAUAUUGAAUGAAACUUUGAAUAUAUGGAAUGAAACUCUGAAUAUAUGGAAUGAAACUUUGAAUAUAUUGAAUGAAUCCCCGAAUAUAUUGAAUGAAACUUUGAAUAUAUGGAAUGAAACUCUGAAUAUAUGGAAUGAAACUCUGAAUAUAUGGAAUGAAUCCCCGAAUAUAUUGAAUGAAACUCUGAAUAUAUGGAAUGAAACUUGGCUGACGUCAUGAAGGCACUGCUGCCGUCCUGCAGCAAAAAUGAGUCAGCCGGCUCGGGAUUUGGUUGCGGCUAUUUUAAACAAUGAAGACAUUGUUAACACUCUGGCGAAUGCUUGUGGUUUUAUUAGUGUUUACUUCUUUUAUGUGCAACGAAGCUACGGUGACAAAGUCAUUUCCCUUGUGGAUCAUAUUUGUAUAACAGUGUUUUCUGUAUAUAAAACUAAUUUGUAAAUUUUGUUUGUCGAGUUUUACAGCGUUUCUCAAUAUACUCUAAUACUCUCCUCUGAGUCAGAGUUUUUCUUGGGACCUGUUGUCUGUCUGCCGAGCUGUGGGAGCGGGGGCAAAAUACAAAGUUUCAUUCCAUAUAUUCAAAGUUUCAUUCCAUAUAUUCAGGGAUUCAUUCAAUAUAUUCGGGGAUUCAUUCAAUAUAUUCAAAGUUUCAUUCCAUAUA